UGGGCACAAGCCAUAAAGCCACAGAACACAGUCGCUACCACUGGCCAUUGGCUGUCGCUAACUCGCUGCCAGUCGCUGUUGAAUUACCGUAGUGUACGGUCACAACGGUCUCGCUGUUUGUUACAAGGAAGUCGACUACUCGUACACUUAACAAUGGGCAACGAGGGAGAAGUCACUGUUAUUCAGAAUUCUGAUGACCUGAAAAGUAAACUUAAAGAUGCAGGCAAUAAUUUGGUAGUUAUUGACUUCUUUGCCGAAUGGUGCGGGCCAUGCAAGAUGAUUGGUCCAUUAAUUGAGGAAUUGUCCAAGGAAAUGAAAGAUAUUGUUUUCCUUAAAGUUGAUGUGGACGAAUGUGAAGAUAUCGCUGCUGAAUAUGAGAUAUCCAGUAUGCCUACGUUUGUUUUUAUAAAGGAAGGCAAAGUGUUGGAGACCUUUUCCGGUGCAAAUAUUGAUAAACUUAAAAAUACAAUUCAAAAGCACAAAUAAACAAAUUGUCACGAAUGUUUAAAUAUAUUGUACUCUUACAAACUGUAAAAGUGACACAUACUGAAUCAGCUUUAAUUACUAUUGUACACAAAUACUAUAGAACAGCUAUUUAAAUAGAAAAAGAACAGUUUGCCUGGUUUACAUUGUACACAUUAAAAAGGAUCGAAGCAGUUAUUUUUUUAAUAAUGAAAAGCUUAUUUCCAUAGAUUUUGUUGCAAAACUGUAAUGAGCUCACAAAUAUACAUGAUAUAAUUAUGAAUCAC